GCCUUUAGUUGCGAGUAAUUAAUAAAACAGGGCUUUUUCUCCGAAGACACUUGGUGGUUCGAGCUGCUGAGACCCGUCGAGUAGACCUUUUUGAGGACUUGGUGGCAGUUCAACUCGAGGACAAUCAAAACGUCAAGCUAAAGGCUUUCUCAGCUCAUUGAAAUGGAUGACAUCCAGGUUGUCGAGUCCAAGCCCCUGCUGGUGGACAGGGAGCUGCCGGGCUUGAGAGAAGCUGUGCAGCAGCUAGUGAUGAAGGAGCACGAUGUGGAGACUCCUCAUGGAAGGGUCCACUGUACUAUGAAGGGGGUGCCCAAAGGAGACCGACCAGUCAUCCUUACCUUCCAUGACGUUGGGCUGAACUACAAAACCUGCUGGGACAAGCUCUUCGAGCACGAGGACAUGCAGGAGAUCAUGCAGCACUUUGCCGUGUGCCACGUCAAUGCCCCCGGCCAGCACGAGGGCACAAACACCUUCUCCACCGGAUAUGAGUACCCUUCAAUGGACCUAGUUUCUGAGACUCUCCCCCAUGUCUUAAAGCACUUUGGGCUGAGAAGCGUGAUUGGCAUGGGCAUUGGCGCGGGAGCCUACAUCCUGACCAGAUUCGCGCUGGACUACCCAAACAUGGUGGAAGGCCUUUUGCUGAUAAACAUCAACCCAUGUGCCGAAGGCUGGAUGGACUGGGCCGCACACAAGAUCUCAGGCUGGGCCCACGCCUUGCCCGACAUGAUCAUCACCCACCUCUUCGGAAAGGAGGAGAUCCACAACAACCCCGACCUGAUUGCAAAAUACCGCCACCACAUCAUGAACGACAUGAACCAGUUUAACCUGCAGCUCUUCGUCAAGGCGUACAACAGCCGGAGGGAUCUAGAGAUCGAGAGGCCGGUCCCCGGGAGUGGCAUCAAUGUCAGAACCCUCAAGUGCCCUUCCCUCCUGGUGGUCGGGGACAGCUCUCCUGCCGUGGAGGCCGUGGUUGAGUGCAACACCAAACUGGACCCAACAAAGACCACACUGCUGAAGAUGGCUGACUGUGGAGGCCUGCCCCAAGUUGAUCAGCCUGGCAAACUGACAGAAGCUUUCAAGUAUUUCAUUCAGGGCAUGGGAUACAUGCCCUCUGCCAGCAUGACCAGGCUGGUUCGCUCCCGUACCGCCUCGGGCUCCAGUGUCACCUCCUUCGAUGGCAACCGCUCCCGCUCGCACACCAACGAGGGCAACCGCUCCCGCUCGCACACCAAUGAGGGGAGCCGCGGCCGCAGUCACACGGCCGACGCCCAGCAUGGCCGCUCCCACACAGAUGCCUCCAUGGAUGGCACAACCAACAGCAACAUGGACCAAGCCGUGCUCAAGUCCACUGAAGUGUCCUGCUAGGCUGACCUCAACCCUUUACCAAUGAUACCCAUGACACCCCCCACCCCAAAUCCCACCCACCAGCCCCUCCUUGAGGUCCCAUCGGGUCUUGCUGUGUUACCUCUAACUGCUAGCUAGCACACAGACGCGCAGACACACAUGUUUGCAGACAGAAACACAGAUAUGGAGAAGGAUAGUGAGGCAUACUUGGGAAAAGUAUGAAAACGCACAAUGCACCACUUGUCUGUACGCUUCCAAAUUGUUGAGUGCAUUUGGGAUGCCCCCACCCCAGCAUGUCCUCUAUGCUGAAGGCAUAGGGAUUUGCUAUGCUGCAUGCCUACAUUGUCAUCCUCACUCAAUUUCGAGUGCAAGCUCUCAAUCGAACCCUCGUACAUGCCGAUUAAUUCCCAUCGCUUUUGGUGCUGUUAGUGACUAGUUAGGGGCAACGCAGCAUGGAGAAACCCAAACGGAGAAUGUCAGCGAAAGCUGUGGCUAUGAGUAUAUACCAGCUUGUACAUUUAUCUCUUUUAAUCUCUCAUAAAUGGUUUUAAUUACUGUCCAUACCCCCCACAUGUUUUCUUGUCUAUAGUUUUUUAUCAUAUUGACACAGCUUUCUUAAAUGUACCUGUAUCUUGACUGCAAAUGACUUUUUUUUUCUUUUUCUGUUGAUUCUUUGAUUGUUAUAACUCAUGUUCCACGUCCGAAGUGUCGUCGUCUGUACAUAGGAGCCAAGUUGUGGAGCGGAGGAAGGAUAUGUUGCAGGGAGGCGUUUAGAUAAACCACAUGUGAGAAUUUCCUCACUAAUUCCUCUCCACUGCUGAAAGUAAGGGACCGAAUUUUAAGUAUCAUGCAUGUACAGUGUACACAAAUGGCAGCACGGUGGCGCAGUGGUUCGCCUCACAGCAAGAAGGUCCUGGGUUCGAGCCCUGGGGUAGUUCAACCUUUGGGUGUCGUCUUGGGUCGUCCUCUGUGUGGAGUUGGCAUGUUCUCCCCGUGUCUGUGUGGGUUUCCUCCAGGUGCUCCAGUUUCCUCCCACAGUCCAAAGACAUGUAGGUCAGGUGACUCGGCUGUACUAAAUUGUCCCAAGCUGUGUGUGUGUGUGUGUGUGUGUGUGUGUGUGUGUGUGUGUGUGUGUGUGUGUGUGUGUGUGUGUGUGUGUGUUGGCCCUGUGAUGGCCUGGCGGCCUGUCCAGGGUGUCUCCCUGCCUGCUACCAGAUGACUGCUGGGAUAGGCUCCAGACACCCUGAGAGCAGGAGAAGCGGUUCGGAUAGUGGAUGGAUGGAUGCACAAGUGUGUCAUAUUCUCCUAAGGACUCCUGUGUUUUGGGAUCUUGUCAAUGGGCAUUUUUCCUCCCCCCCCCCUUCUCUGGAACAUGUAACUGUCUUUUUACUAACGAUACUCUGAUUCACACAUCUACAAACUCAACUCCUGCGUGGAUUCAGACGGUUGUAGACGUUUCAUGUUGAACACUUCCAACGAGACGUGAUUCCUCAUAUCGGUGUAAAAUAAACAUGGGAAAAAAACAAAAACAAAAAAAAAACAAUCCAUUAAGAAACACAAAUGAAAUCGCUUUUGCAUCGUAUGCUUUAUUAACUGAUCAUGGCUUCAGACAAUUUUUUUUCCUUUUUUUUAUUUUUAAUGAUUUCUAUGCAAUCAAGCACAACGGAACAAAGCUGUGCCAUGGAACGGCUCGCGUUCUUACACGUGACGCUCCCGUGCGGUUGUGGAUUCUGGGCGAAAAGGUCCACGUGAGGAAGGCCGCGCAACCCCCCCCCCCUCCCCCGCAGCCCUGUUUCACCGGCGGUGCAGCGACAUCAUGCUUUGUAGAAGGACAUACAUAGCUUUGUAAAGAUGCACAACUUUGUAUUGCUGUAGAGGAAAAAAAAGCAUUAAAAUGGCAUAACAGUUUGUAUUUAUUAAAAAAGGACAAUAAAAAACAACAACAGCAA